AUGUAUACGCAAAAUACAUAUUCUCAGCUCAAUUUUUUUUUCUUACUGAUUUCUCUUUUUUCAUUUCCAAGACCUCUAGUAUUUUUUCCACUCUCCGAUCUUGUUUGUUUGUGUGGUUCUUUCUUUCUUUCUUUCUUUUUUCUUUCUUUCUCUUUUUCUUUCUUUCUCUUUUUCUUUCUUUCUUUCUUUCUUUCUUUCUUUCUUUCUUUCUUUCUUUUAAUUGGUUCUUUCUUUCUUUCUUUCUUUCUUUCUUUCUUUCUUUCUUUCUUUCGUUCGCCAUUGCUUCUUUCUUUCUUCUUCCUUUUUUUCUCCUCCUUAGUAAUUGAUACUUUCUUUUAUUCUUUCUUUAUACUGUUUUGUUUUUGUUUCUUUCACUUUGUUUCUUCCUUUGUCUUCUGUUUUUCUUUCUUUCUCCUCUUUGGCAAUUGUUUCUUUCUUUCUCCUCUUCAAUUUUUCUUUGUAUCUUUUGUUUAUCUGUUUCUUUCUUUCUUUCCUUCUUUCUUUCUUUCUUUUCUUCGAUCUCGUUCAUUGUUUCGAGAAGGGCAUUUUUUGGAAAAAAAAAUAUCGGUGAUAACAAAAUUUAUCUCGAUUUUUCUUUAUUCUUUCUUUCGUUAUCACUUUUGUUUUGUUAUCCCUCAUUUUUUUUAUUUUCUCUUUUUUUUAAAAAAUCUUUUCACCUCCUCCUCUUUCUCUUUAAAUCUACUUUUUCUUCCUCGAUAUGUUUUUUUUUUCUUUCUUUCAUUCUCCUUCUCUCGCCUUUCUUCACCCCUUCUCUCUCUCUCUCUCUUUGUUCUUUGCUCUCUUUUGUUCUUCUUUCCCGCUUGGAUGUCCGAAGCCGAAGAUAAAGCGAAAUGA